GCUCAACUGUCAUAGUGGCAGCUCUACCUCACCGAGAUCGGCCAAUGAGUACCGACUACUCAUACAGGAAGCCAAUCCCCCGUUUCCUCCAUACCUGAUUCAGGGAAAGUCUCGGAGUUCUCUCAGAGCCCACUGACCACCGAAACGCAUGGAAAAAGCAGCCCUCGGGUCAAUUAUUAAUGCUGAAGAAUGAUCACCCUGGAAACACUGCCAAAAAAGUCCAAGACAGCAUCGGGAAUGACUCGGGGACCAGCUUCGGCGUUAAUAAGCAUAUCGUCACUGCGGGUGGGGUUUGUAUAAAGGUUACAUAGAUGCCCCUCAGUUGAGACCGAGUUCACCGCUGCAAAUUUCUAAUUUACAAUUCCUCACGGAGAACUACGAUACAUACAACAAUGGCGCCCGCAAAGACACAAACAUGGACCGUCCUGGACAAGGAGAACGGGUUCGACAGCCUUACCUUUGGUGAAGCGGACGUCCCCAAGGUCGGCGAGAAUGAGGUGUUGGUCAAGUUCUACGCGGCCUCGCUGAACUACCGUGAUCUGAUCAUUCCCAAGGGAAUGUACCCCUUCGCCCUCAACUUCCCUGUCGUCCCCGGUUCCGACGGUGCUGGUGAGGUCGUUGAAGUCGGACCCAAGGUCGCGCAAUUCAAGCAGGGUGAUAAAGUGGCUACCUUGUUCAACCAAGGUCACCAGUACGGUCCCAUCGACAUUCCCGCUGCCCAGACCGGUCUCGGUGGUGUCAUUGACGGUACCCUGCGCCAAUAUGGUGUUUUCAACGAGAACGGCCUCGUCAAGAGCCCCAAGAACCUCAACUACCUCGAGUCGAGCACUCUCAGCUGUGCUGCUCUUACCAGCUGGAACGCCCUGUAUGGUCUGAAGCCAUUGAAGCCGGGCGAGACUGUCCUGGUGCAGGGAACUGGUGGUGUUAGCAUGUUCGCGUUGCAGUUCGCUAAAGCCGCCGGUGCGACCGUCAUUGCCACUACCUCUUCGGAAGCGAAGGCCCAGAAGCUGAAGCAGCUCGGUGCCGACCACAUCAUCAACUACAAGUCCGACCCCAACUGGGGCGAGACGGCCCGCAAGUUCACCUCCGACAACGCGGGUGUGGACCACAUUGUCGAGGUUGGCGGCACUGGCACUCUUGCCCAAAGUUUCAAGGCCAUCAAGUUCGAGGGUGUGAUCAGCAUCAUUGGUUUCCUUGGUGGUGUUGACCCCCAGGGCCAGCCCAGCAUCCUGGACUCGUUGAGCAACAUCUGCACCGUGCGGGGUGUCUACGUUGGCAGCAAGGCCUUGAUGAACGACAUGGUCAAGGCCAUUGAGGCCAACGACAUCCGCCCGGUGGUUGACGAGAAGGUCUUUACUCUGGAGCAGGUCCGUGAGGCUUAUGAGUACAUGUGGGCUCAAAAGCACUUUGGCAAGUUGGCCAUCAAGAUCAACUAAAUAACCUGCGGUGAAUUAAUGUCAUGAGUAUAUAGUUACGAAUAAUAAACAUACUUUUACAUGU